CAAGACGGUUAGUUUGUAAUCAGCUUUCCGAGAUGAAGCAGUACUUUUUAGCUGCAUUAAUUUGUCUAAUUUGUCAUGUUGGUUUCGGAAGUGUGGAGGAAUUCUUGAUUCCAGAAGUACAGAUUGAAUAUUUGAAACCAAUGGGAUUUAGAGCAAGCAUCCAAGACGAUCCUGGUAUCAAGUUGUUCGCAUUCCACGCACGUCUCAACAAACCAUUUCAACAGUACGAGCAAGGUGAUUUCACCGAAGAUGUAUCAGAACCAACUGGAGACCGUUGGGUUUUUGAAAACACCAAAGUCAGUAUGCUGGAAGGACACCAUAUCUACUAUUGGGUUUACAUUCAAUACGAAGAUCGUGGUUACGUGAUAGCAAAUAGAAAACAUACUAUACGGAAGGACUUGUAUGGAACCAAAUCUGCUACCACUACAACGACAUCCACAACUACGACGACGACAACAACAACUACAACUACUACGGCUAAGCCAAAAGUAACGAAAGCGUCACAAAAAACGACAACUCCAACAACUACUACAAUCACUUUACCGCCAUGUGAGCCUACGGUGACCACUGUGAAUGGAAAAUCCUCCUGUGCUGGUAAAUUGAUUUUUGAGGAUAAUUUUCAAAUAUUGGAUUUGAAAAAAUGGCAGCGGGAGAUUCGCAUUCCCCUGGACACCGAGUCAGCGGAAUUUGUCUCCUACCAAGACCUACCGGAAAACAGCUAUGUGGCCGGUAAUCAUCUAUUCAUCGUUCCGACACUGCUCAACAUGAAUUCCGACUAUAACGACGAGCGCAUCCGAACUGGAGAGCUUAUUCUAUCGGGUUGCAAAUCACCCACCAACAAUGAGUUCGAGUGUCGGCGUAAGGCAGCGUUCUCCACAAUUCUACCGCCAGUCGUUUCGGCCAAGCUGAGCACAAAGGAGAGCUUCCGGUUCCGUUACGGACGAGUGGAGAUUCGGGCAAAGUUGCCCAAAGGAGAUUGGAUUUUUCCACAACUUCUACUUCAACCAGCCGAAAAUUACUAUGGCUACGCCGAUUUGGCCUCGGGAAUGCUGUUUGUAGCGAGUAUUUUAUCCAACGAAGAGUUGGUCAGCGCUGAAGGACUUCAAAUCGAUGGACGUCGUUUACGGGGUGGCGCCAUUAUAACCAAUCAACCGAAACUACGCGAUGCUUUCUUGAAGGCCAACAUACUGGACGAACACUUUGGCGACAGCUUUCACACGUAUGGUUUGAUAUGGAAACCGGAAAGUAUUGUGUUGACAGUGGAUGGAUUUCAGUAUGCAAGUAUAAGGGGUAAGUUCAAGGAUUACGGAAUUAGCAACAACCUCACCCAAGCCAAGCUAUGGAAUCCGGAAAACACGAUGACCCCCUUCGAUCGCGAGUUCUACGUUUCGCUUGGAGUGGGAGUUGGCGGAAUCAGAGAUUUUCCAGACGGUAGCAAAACUGGAUCUCCGGGCUCUGCGAAGCCAUGGAAAAACGCCAGUCCCAAAGCGGAGUACUUCUUCUAUCAGAAUCGCAACGUUUGGUACAGAACAUGGACCGAUCCCGAACUGAAGGUGGACUAUGUACGAGUGUAUGCGUUAUGAGUUGUUUGACUGUUUCCAUUUAUGAAACUCUAAUAUGAUCGUAUAUAAGUGUAUUACAUAAACUAAAUUAAAUGACAUAAA